CUGGCGGGGGUGGCCGGCUGGCCGGAGAGGGACGGCCGCGCGGCGGGGACGCCGGGGGCCCAGGGCUGGGCACGGCCACGGCGUUCUGCUCCUGGGCGCCGACGCCGCGCGUGGGUCCUCUUGGGUACCUAGUUUUGCGGCCUAAGCUGAACCCUCUAGGCCUCGAGUCUCCUUUCCCGGAGGUGACCGGCCAGGCGGGGACCGGGCCGCUUCUCCUGAGCCGAGCUGGGGCCGUUGGGUCCGAGCUGACCCCCGGAGGCCACCAAACUUCCGACCUAGAGGCCGGUAGAGGACUGUGAAAGAAAAGUUAUCCCCCAGGAUGGACUUCACGCAGCCGAAGCCUGCCACGGCCCUCUGUGGCGUCGUGAGUGCGGACGGGAAGAUCGCUUACCCUCCGGGAGUAAAAGAGAUCACGGACAAGAUCACCACCGACGAAAUGAUCAAACGUUUGAAGAUGGUAGUGAAAACUUUUAUGGAUAUGGAUCAGGAUUCAGAAGAUGAAAAACAACAGUAUCUCCCACUAGCCUUGCAUCUUGCAUCUGAAUUCUUUCUCAGGAACCCUAAUAAAGAUGUGCGCCUUCUUGUAGCUUGUUGUUUGGCUGAUAUAUUUCGAAUCUAUGCCCCAGAAGCUCCAUACACUUCCCACGAUAAACUUAAGGACAUAUUUCUCUUUAUUACCAGACAAUUAAAAGGUUUGGAGGAUACAAAGAGUCCACAGUUUAAUAGAUAUUUUUAUUUAUUAGAGAAUUUAGCUUGGGUUAAAUCAUAUAACAUCUGCUUUGAAUUGGAAGAUUGCAAUGAAAUUUUUAUUCAGCUUUUUAGGACUCUCUUCUCAGUAAUCAACAAUAGCCACAAUAAGAAGGUACAAAUGCACAUGUUAGACUUGAUGAGUUCUAUCAUCAUGGAAGGUGAUGGAGUUACUCAAGAAUUAUUGGAUUCCAUUCUUAUCAAUCUCAUCCCUGCACACAAGAACUUAAAUAAACAGUCCUUUGACCUUGCGAAAGUUCUGUUGAAAAGGACAGUCCAGACUAUUGAAGCAUGUAUUGCCAAUUUUUUCAAUCAAGUGCUGGUGCUGGGCAGAUCAUCAGUCAGUGAUCUCUCCGAACACGUAUUUGAUCUGAUUCAGGAACUUUUUGCUAUAGAUCCUCAUUUAUUGUUAUCUGUCAUGCCACAGCUUGAAUUCAAACUGAAGAGCAAUGACGGUGAGGAGCGGCUAGCUGUGGUGCGACUACUAGCAAAAUUGUUUGGCUCUAAAGAUUCAGAUUUAGCAACACAGAAUCGGCCUCUUUGGCAGUGCUUUCUUGGGCGAUUUAAUGACAUUCAUGUUCCUGUGAGGUUAGAAAGUGUGAAGUUUGCCAGUCACUGUUUAAUGAAUCACCCUGAUUUAGCAAAAGAUCUCACAGAAUAUUUAAAAGUUAGGUCACAUGAUCCGGAAGAAGCCAUUCGUCAUGAUGUCAUUGUUACUAUAAUAACAGCUGCCAAAAGAGACCUUGCCUUAGUAAAUGAUCAGUUGCUUGGCUUUGUCAGGGAAAGGACACUGGAUAAACGGUGGCGAGUAAGAAAAGAAGCCAUGAUGGGUCUGGCUCAACUCUAUAAGAAAUACUGUCUUCAUGGUGAAGCAGGAAAGGAAGCUGCAGAGAAAGUCAGUUGGAUAAAGGACAAACUUCUACACAUCUAUUAUCAGAAUAGCAUUGAUGACAAACUGUUGGUAGAGAAAAUCUUUGCUCAGUAUCUUGUUCCCCAUAACCUGGAAACAGAAGAGAGAAUGAAAUGCUUAUAUUAUUUAUAUGCUAGCUUGGAUCCAAAUGCUGUAAAAGCUCUCAAUGAAAUGUGGAAGUGUCAGAAUAUGCUUCGGAGUCACGUGCGGGAACUGUUGGACUUGCACAAGCAGCCUACAUCGGAGGCUAACUGUUCUGCCAUGUUUGGGAAACUGAUGACCAUAGCAAAGAAUUUGCCUGACCCUGGGAAAGCACAAGAUUUUGUAAAGAAAUUUAACCAGGUUCUUGGUGAUGAUGAAAAACUGAGGUCUCAGUUGGAAUUAUUAAUCAGCCCAACCUGUUCAUGCAAGCAAGCUGACAUUUGUGUGAGGGAAAUAGCUCGGAAACUUGCAAAUCCUAAGCAGCCAACCAACCCCUUUCUAGAGAUGGUCAAGUUUCUGCUGGAAAGAAUCGCUCCUGUGCACAUUGAUUCAGAAGCCAUAAGUGCACUAGUGAAACUGAUGAACAAGUCGAUAGAAGGGACAGCCGAUGAUGAAGAGGAGGGUGUCAGUCCAGACUCAGCCAUUCGCUCAGGGCUUGAGCUUCUUAAGGUUCUGUCUUUCACACAUCCUACCUCGUUCCACUCUGCAGAGACGUAUGAGUCCUUGUUACAGUGCCUAAGAAUGGAGGACGACAAGGUAGCGGAAGCAGCAAUACAGAUUUUUAGAAACACAGGCCACAAAAUAGAGACUGACCUUCCCCAGAUACGGUCAACCUUGAUCCCCAUUUUACAUCAGAAAGCCAAGCGGGGCACUCCUCACCAAGCAAAGCAGGCUGUGCACUGCAUCCAUGCCAUCUUCUCAAACAAGGAAGUCCAGUUGGCACAGAUUUUUGAGCCACUCAGUCGGAGUCUGAAUGCUGAUGUACCAGAGCAACUUAUAACUCCAUUAGUUUCACUGGGCCACAUUUCCAUGUUAGCACCAGAUCAGUUUGCCUCCCCAAUGAAAUCUGUAGUGGCAAACUUCAUUGUUAAGGAUCUUCUAAUGAAUGACAGGUCAACAGGUGAGAAGAAUGGAAAAUUAUGGUCUCCGGAUGAGGAAGUAUCUCCUGAAGUGCUAGCAAAGGUACAGGCAAUUAAACUUCUGGUAAGGUGGCUGUUGGGUAUGAAGAACAAUCAGUCCAAAUCUGCCAACUCAACUCUGCGGCUGUUAUCAGCCAUGCUGGUCAGUGAGGGGGACCUGACAGAGCAGAAGAGGAUCAGUAAAUCUGAUAUGUCUCGCUUGCGAUUAGCUGCUGGUAGUGCCAUAAUGAAGCUUGCUCAGGAACCUUGCUACCAUGAAAUUAUUACCCCAGAACAGUUUCAGCUCUGUGCACUGGUUAUUAACGAUGAGUGCUACCAAGUAAGGCAGAUAUUUGCCCAGAAGCUUCAUAAAGCCCUUGUGAAGUUACUUCUCCCAUUGGAGUAUAUGGCGAUCUUUGCUUUGUGUGCCAAAGAUCCUGUGAAGGAAAGAAGAGCACAUGCUCGCCAGUGUUUAUUAAAGAACAUCAGCAUACGCAGGGAGUACAUUAAACAGAACCCCAUGGCUACUGAGAAGUUAUUAUCAUUGCUGCCUGAAUAUGUGGUUCCAUAUAUGAUUCACCUGCUAGCCCAUGAUCCUGAUUUUACAAGAUCACAAGAUGUUGAUCAACUUCGUGAUAUAAAAGAGUGCCUGUGGUUUAUGCUUGAAGUUUUAAUGACAAAGAAUGAGAACAACAGCCAUGCAUUCAUGAAGAAGAUGGCAGAGAAUAUCAAGCUGACCAGAGACGCCCAGUCUCCAGAUGAAGCCAAGACAAAUGAAAAACUUUAUACAGUUUGUGAUGUGGCUCUGUGUGUUAUAAAUAGUAAGAGUGCUUUGUGCAAUGCAGACUCACCAAAGGACCCAGUCCUCCCAAUGAAAUUCUUUACACAACCUGAAAAGGACUUCUCUAAUGACAAAAGCUAUAUUUCGGAAGAGACAAGAGUUCUUCUGUUGACAGGAAAGCCAAAGCCUACUGGAGUACUAGGUACAGUAAACAAGCCCUUAUCAGCAACGGGAAGGAAGCCUUAUGUUAGGAGUGCCGGCACAGAGACUGGAAGCAAUAUUAACGCCAGUUCAGAGCUGAGUCCUUCGGCCGGAAAUCGUUCAAGUAGGGAACAGAGUUCAGAGGCAUCAGAAACUGGAGUUAGUGAAAAUGAGGAGAAUCCUGUGAGAAUAAUUUCUGUCACACCUGUAAAGAGUAUUGAUACGGUAAAGAAUAAGGAAAUUAAUUCUGAUCAGUCUACCCAAGGCAACAUCAGCAGUGACCGAGGAAAGAAAAGAAUUGUAACAGCAGCUGGUGCUGAGAAUAUCCAACAAAAACCAGAUGAGAAAGCAGAUGAGUCAGGACCCCCUGCCCCUUCCAAACCCAGGAGAGGACGUCGCCCCAAAUCUGAAUCUCAGGGCAAUGCAACCAAAAACGAUGAUCUAAGUAAACCUGUUAGCAAGGGAAGGAAGAGAGCUGCAGGCAGCCAGGAGAGUCUGGAGGCAGGCAAUGCCAAAGCGCCCAAGCUACAAGAUGGAGCCAAAAAGGCAGUUCCCGCCGAGAGACAAAUUGAUUUACAAAGGUAAAAGGAGAAAAUGAAGGCCAAACAGAAGCAGAUUCCAGGUUCUAUAAAAACUUGGAUCCAAUGUCCCCAAACAGAAAACGAAGCUCACUUCAAAUACACACUUUCUGCCUUGAAAACUGAACGAAGCUAGCCUUCCUUUUUACACAGCCACAGUCCUCUGGUGGAAAUGUACAGCAGAGACUCUGGAGAGGCUAAGAGCAUCUCUGUUCCCUUCCCCCAGACUUUUCCUGUGAGAAGUCAAUAAUUAAGCAAAUUGCUUAACACUUGGUUCCAGGUCCUGCAUACCUGGAACUUAAAGGCAUAGUAACCAUUUUUCCAUGCUGCAGGUUUCAUUGUAGAGAGAGAGGAACAAGGUGUCCUUACACUGACGCGAAGAACUGAUCCAUCCUAAAGCCUAGAGCCCCAUGCCGCACCGGAGAGCAGGUGUCUACUGACCUGAGCUUUACAGAGUGAGAGCACAUGGUAUAUGUCUUUCUUUCCUUUGGAAAUUUGUGUAUUAUUCUUUCUGCCUGUCUACUUUUCUGCAAAAAUGAGAUGUACAGAUUCCUGUCCCGCUGUGAAAAGUAAUGUGGCAAUUUUAAGUCGCUUUCUGAUUUUUAUCAGAAUGAGAAAAUAAUUAAAAUUAUUAUUGAUCUCCAAGUAGUAAACACUUCAUAUUAUGAUUUCUCCCAUUUUAAUAUAAUUUGCAAUAAAUGUACAUAUUGUUUCAUAAGGCAUAUCACUUUAAAAUGGUUUUUACUCCUUUGAUUAUAAUGGAAUAAUUGGGGGUUUCAGGGAGUAAAGACUGUCCAGGAUUUGAUUUUAUAAUUUUUGUCACCAGAUUUUUAUUAUUAAUGUAAAGAGGUUGGUUUUGUUUUUUUAGGGUUUGUUUUGUUUUUUAGAAGUAUAAGUAGAUGGACACUGGCAGCUUCGUGAGGAUCGGAGAUGUGCAGAGAGGCUCUCAAUCUAGCACCAUGCUGUUGGGAAAUAGGCAUUUAUUUUUGUCUGAUAAUUGGGGCUCAAUUUUUAUUUUUAUUUUACAGACAACUGUUACAUCAAUAUUGUAUUCCUUGGCAUUCAUUGUUCAGCAUAGAUAGUGUGUACACUAUUUCUGUGCACAUAAUCCUAUUUAAUUUUUUGCAUAUAAUAAAUGCUUUUAGAUGUCUUACGGAAGGAAGUCUUAUCUUUUUAUCACACUUUACUUUCUUAGGAAUGUUUAUAUGAAAGGGCUAAGUCCCAGGAGUGCACGACUGUAGCCGACUCUCCCUUACCUAUGCAAAGUAGGGUGGGGCCUCAGGACCUCCAUUCGUAUUGACCACAGACAUACGAUUAACGAGGCAUGUGCAGAAUGAGGAGAAGUUUGAAAUGAAUUUUUCUCUAAUCCUCAGACCUUUUGCCUGUUUCCACUGUUUCCACUUGGCUUGUACCUACAGUCCUAGUAGGAUAUGCUGCUCUGUUUGUAUUCUGACUCGGUCAGUCUUCAUGGGUAUGCAAAGUCUUUGAGAAUCAGAAUCCUCCGGAAUGAAAUUCACUGACAGCAAUGUCAGUUGGGUUCUCAUAGAUAAUUGAGAGUUGACUGUCACUUGACUCUGGGUGAAAGGUGGGCUUCUUUUAAGUACUAUACUGUGCAUGUGUAGGUGUCAGAAGAUGGCUAGAGAACAGUGAAUACCAAUGAGAGAAACAAUAUUUCUUGAAAGGGCACAAAGCCCUGCUCUUCCUGUUGCCUCCAGUCUGCUGACAGCAUCUAUGCAUACCGUCAGUCAGGUCCCUCAUUCAGUCAGUGUGCUAUAUUCCAUUUACAAGACUUAGGGCCACCAGUUUGUCACCACCAAAACUUCAUUGCUGGAAUCCAGUGAACUCUGUGUUGAGCACUUAGUCACAAAGUAUAAGGAAGAAGGUUCCUGAGUGUUAAGGGCACUCCUCAAAAUAGAGCAGAACCAUUCUCAUCUGUCGCCACUCUGUGGAGUUUUGCAUUGAAGCAGUCACUGUCGGGGUCUGUUCCUCAUGGGCAUGGUCUCUGGCACUAAGAGUGAAUUGGUUGGGGACUGAGCAAAAUAGAGAGGGACUUGUUUACUGGAAAUGUGUCAAGUUUUCUUUGAAAAAGAAAAUGUAAAGUCUCUUAGGAAUUUGGUAUUACAUCUCAGAGAAAUACAACACAAAAGUGCAGACUUAUAUUUGAGAAUUAAUGUUAACCCUUUGUGUCUAGUUUGAAGCUUCUUGUAUUUGUCUAAAACUACAAGCCAGAAUUUUGUAUCUCCUUUGAUAAAAAGUGUGUAUAAUGUAAAGUAGUUUUGCAUAUUCUUGUGCUGCACAUGGGCUGGAUUUUUAGAAUUUUUUUAAAGACUUUAAGCCGAACCUUGUAAUUUGUGUAAAUGACAAGUGUAAAAUCCUUCCAUAAAAUGCUUAAAAAUAUGCACUGUUUGAAAUAAAACCGAGAAAUGCAGCACUA